AUGAAUUCGUACUUCGAGCAGAGCGGUUUCUACGGUGGACAUCACCAUCACCAGUCGUCGUCGGCGCACCACCACGACCAGAACGCCGUGGCAGCCGCGUACCGGUUUCCGAUCGGCUUGGGAAUGUCACCGUACGCGUCUUCGCAACAUCAUCACCAUCACGGGCUAUCGCAGUCCAGGGCACCACAGGACAGCCCUUACGACGCGUCCGUGGCCGCGGCCGCGUGCAAGCUCUACGGCUCCAGCGGAGGAGGCGGUGGCGGCGGUGGCGUCGGUGGUGGCGGAGGCGGUGGAGGAGGGGGUGGCUCGGGUGGCGGCGGUGGAGAUCAGUCGUCCGCGGCCGCCGUGGCCGCGGCCGGGCUAAACUACACGAAGACCGAGCCGUGCGUCGGUAAAUCGGACGCCGCGGCCGCGGCCCACCAGAACGGUUACGCGUCUUCGCCCAAAGACGUGGUGUGGCCUGGCAACGCGGCGUCUGCGGCCGCCAACGGGUCGCUUCUCCGGCCCAACGUAUGCACGCCCGAAUCCCGCGUCGGCUACGGGUCCGGCAACAGCGUAUCCGGCCUGGACGGCGCCGGCGCCAGCCCGAACUCGGCACGCAACUCGGCCGGCUCGCUGUCCGCCUCGUGGAACACAUGCACCGGCAUCAACAACAACGGUCACCAGCAACAGGCCCUGCAGCUCAACCAGCAACAGAACAACCACACGUUCUACCCGUGGAUGGCCAUUGCAGGUCAGUCUCUAGGUACAGACACGAAAAAGAGUAUUUUUUAA